AUGAAAGUGUUUGCCAUCGCCUGUGUAACCCUUUUGGCGGCCAGUUGCGCCCUUGCCGCCCCCAGUCUCCAAGACAAUCGUGUCGAGGGGGAUAACACUCUGGGCCGGGCCGCCAGAUAUUUGGGCGCCUGCCUUGAGAGCGACGAUAUGGCCACCUGCCUGGCCGUCAAGGGAAUCACCGCCCUUAACCGGGCCGCCAGGAGCAACAACAUCGAGCUGGCCAGCGGUGUCACCUUCCAGAGAGAUCCAGCUAGCCCCGUUUCCCGUACCGGAAAAUCCCUAAGCGAGCAGGAUGUCUACGCUGAAUUGCCCCAGAAUGCUGAUGAGCGUACUGGCCGUCUUGUGGAUUUGGCCAUCUCCAGUGCCACCGAUUUCCUGAGCAGCCACAAUCUGGAGUUUAAGCUACCCGCCGAGACCACCCAGCAGGUGGCCCGUGCUCUCGAUGAAGGCCGUGGCAAGAUCAAGAAGAUGAUUGGACCCCUGGCUCUGGCUAUUGGCGCCAAGCUCUUCGCUGUCAUUCCCCUGGUGCUCGGUUUCCUGGCUCUGCUGACCUUCAAGGCCGUGAUUGUGGCCAAGAUUGCCUUCUUCCUGGCCAUCCUGGUCGGUGGCUCUCGUCUGCUCGGUGGAUUCGGCAACAAGUUCGGAGGCAACUCAUACGGUGGUGCCUACAGCUCGAAUGCCUGGUCUGCACCUGCCAGCGCUGGCUGGAGCUCGGGUGCCUCCUCGUCCUAUCCCUAUGCCCGCAGCAUCAACGAUGAUGCCCAGCAGUUGGCCUACGCCGGACAGGAGCAGCAGCAGCAGUGA